CAGACAAACAAAAACGUGAGUGAGGGCUUAAUUUUGUGUGGUGUGUUGUUUUACGUAAAAUCUUACUUCACUACAAUAUGGGAAAAGUCAGGAAAACAAAACCUAGCAGGACGAAAAGAAAUGUCGCAUCAAAUAAUCAUGAUGAUGAAGAAGUAGCAGUAGAUUCUAAAGAGAAUGCUAUCCAGACUGUAUUGGAUCAGUUGCAGGCAGCAAAUGUUGAAGAAAAGUACUGUGGCUUGCAGACAUUUGCAUUAUUGAUUGAAUCGGCAGAAAACUUAGAUCAAAUUAUUAGUCGAGAAGUGGUCAAGAUAGCUGCUCCAUUGCUGCUAGAUCCGGUCAGUUCAGUAAGAAAUGGUGCUGCUGGAGCUCUGCGGAACAUGUCUGCUCUUAAGAUGGAAGUCUGUGAUGCCAUGAUGGAGCAAGAUGUUAUGACUUCACUGACUUGCUAUUUUCAUGAGUAUGCUGAAACAUGGACUCCUGAUUCUAGUACAAAAACAAAGAAUGAAGAUAUUGACACAUUUGUACAAUGCACUAACUUAAUGCUUAAUUUAUGUGAAAGUUCAGAUUUAGCCGUAAAAUACCUUGGACAAUCAAGAAUAUUGGAUAUAUUUUCAAGAUAUUUAGACGUAACCACUUUUGGUCAUGACAUAGUUACAGCUGUUUUACAAUGCUUAUUUGUAGCUGUAGAAGAUAAUCCAGAUGCAAUGCAAAAAAUACAGAGCAACUCUGAAAAGCAACUACAGAUGAUCUUAUUUUUAGAAGGAACAGAUCCUUCUGAUAUACUUAUCAAAACAUUAUCUGCAGGUGUUAUUAUCAACAUUUCUGGUGGGAUUAUUUCGUCAUUGCCUCUAAAUGUCAUGAAUGAGGUUAUUUCAAUAUUAGCUAACACUUUGUCUGUGGACCAUAGAUUAGCCUGUAAUCAGGUCUCAAGUAACAUACCAUUGAGCAAUGCAGAAGGCAAGGUUAUCCAACCUAAAGGAAGAGAAGCCCAACUUCUAGAAAGCCAAUUGAAAUCAGUCUGCCAAGUGUUGGAUGCCCAACAAAGUGCUGUUGAGAUUAUUGCUAAUAUUUGUUUAUGUGAAGAUAGUGAUGAAUCCUUUAAUGGUGUCGAUUCCUCCAGUAGUGAAGAAAUGGAGGGUGAUGAUUGUCAAAAUGGCGAUGAAACAGUUUUAGUUGAAGAUAAACUGCCACCAGAGUUAUUAGAAGCGCUGGUUUCUUUAAAUAUUUUUGAAAAAGUCUGGGCUAGAACUCAGCUCCCAGCGCAAAAUGUCAUGUUGAUACUCAAAGAGUAUGAAGGAUCACAGUUGAUUUUCAAAAAAUUACAUACAUUACAAACUCGGGCACUACUAUGUGUGAAUAAUAUGCUAUCGACAUUGCCCUUAGAAAAUCUGGGUGGUGUAAAUGGAAUUUAUAAAAUCUGGGUAGAUGCUGGAAAGCUGGUAUUCCAGCAAACAUCUGACAAUCAUAAUUUGUUGGAGUCUGCCACAGCUGUCAUGAGAGCAGCUCUUGAUAAAAUCAAGAUAACGGAGGGUGGAAAUAUAAAUGAUUGCAACUUGUUCAGUGAUAUGGCUCUUUCUGAUAUAGAGAAAAUGUUGAUGGGUAUAACAGAAUGUCAAAUACCUGAAAUUAGGUCUAAUCUUAUAAGAAUGAUUGGCAUAUUGGCUCUGCUAUUGAUGAACAAUAUGACUGAAGUAUCUUCCAAUGUCAUCUGUACGAUUACCGAAUUCAUAUUAGAUCAAGCACAAAAAGAGAACGAGGUUUGGGUGUUGGCAGAAGCCAUUGAUACUUUAAUAGAUUUAUAUUCUGAAGACGAAAGUGAUCAAUUGGCUGCUAAAGUCAAACUCGUAGAUAAACUGAAUUUAUUGGCACCCAGUUUGAGAAACAAGGCAAGGCAGCAGAAAAGGCUUCCUAAGGAGUACAAAGUCCUUGUAAAUACGGUUGUGUCAAAUCUGCCUAGAUUUAUAAAGUAUAAAAAGCAGCGAGUUAGUUAUUUGUAAGUGUAUAUGCAGUGAAUAUGUUUUUACAUUUUUUAUGUAGUCUAUCAUACAUAAUAUGGAAAUAAAAUAUGUUUAUAAUUA